CUCGACAAUACAAAGCCCACCUCAACGCCCAACUCUACACCCUCCUUUCUCCCAUCCCCCAUGCUCGCCAUAGACCCGCACCUAGCCCUCCCGGCGCCCCUAGCGACAGGCAUCAACGCGAGCACGGCGCACGCGCUCGCGCUCGUCUUCGCGUCGAGCUACGUCGGCAGCCUGUACGUCUCGCAGGCUUUCUUUGCGCGGCGCGACGCCGCCGCGGCGGCCGAGGGGCGCGCCGAACCAAGCGAAUACCCACUAGGACACCGCGACCACCCCACCACGAUGCGCCGCCGCAUGGCCGCCGUCAAGGCCGUCACGCGGCUGUCCCUCGCGGGCGUGUGGGCGACCGUCGCGCGCGUCGGCGCGUACUCUGCGCGGGAUUCCGUCCGACCCACACUCGCCCUCCUCGGCCUGUCCAACCUCGCCCUCAACCGCCCCCUGGCAUACCUCCUCGCCCCCAUCCUCUUCACCGGACCCCUGUACGAGGCCUACCUCGACGCCGAACUCCCAGGCCAGGCGAACUGGAAGUGGCAGUUCGGCCUCGUUGAAAAGCGCAACUAUGUCGUCGGGCCCGUGUCCGAGGAGUUGCUGUUCCGCAGUGCGAUCCUCGCCGUCUCCCUUCUCGGCCACCUCCCGGCAUCGUACCUCGUCUUCGGCAGCCCGCUGUGGUUCGGCGUCGCCCACGUCCACCACGCGUUCCAGACAUAUCGCGCGAGCCAGCGGACGCGCCGAGACGCCCUCAUCGCGGCUGUGCGCUGUGUCUUCCAGUUCGGCUACACGACGCUGUUCGGCUGGUUCGCGUCAUUCGUCUACCUGCGGACAGGCUCCGUCUUCCCGGCCAUCGCCUCGCACAUCUUCUGCAACAUCAUGGGCCUGCCAGCACCCUCCGCGUCGAUCGCAGAACACCCGCAGAAGAAGAAAUCCAUUAUCGCCGCCUACCUCGUCGGCAUCGCUGGCUUCAUCUACGGCAUCCGAAGGCUGUAGCGCGCCGCACCGUGCCGCUCUGCCGUCCCGCGGAAUGCCGCGCACCAGUAAUAGUCAAUGUAGAUAUCUUUCCUUCCG